AUGGUCCAACCCUCCUCCCCAUCUUCUCUCACGCCGCAAUUCUGCUUCACGACAUCGGCAUUGAGAGAGUUCCUGCGCCUGUCUCGAAGCUCGGUCGAUGACACUAUUACCCAGAACCUGAAUGCUCUUGAAACGCCAGCUAGGGCAGGAUUUGACCCGACUUCGACCUCUCGUCUUGGACCGCGGCCUCUUUCACGACACAUCGAGGCAACAAAGUGCAAUGCCUUCAAAGACAAGGUGCUAUUUCCCUCGUGGCAGGCUCGGUCAGAUGUCUUGAGCUAUUGCAGCGUGGUGGCCACGAGUCCCGAUCCAGAUGACCCAGAGGCAGCCCUAAGGCAGGCAGAACAGGAGAAGAACCGAGAGCGAGUAGUGGACGAAAGACUAGAUCCUUACUCGACGCGGGUCUUCCCGCGACAGGCGCGUACCGAGCUGCUCGCCGACAUUAUCCGACAAGAGAUAAGGGUAGAGAACAUUGUCCGCUCCCGCACUUGGGACAUAGUCCGGCAGCGAUGCGACAGCCAAGCACAUGCUAGCUGGGAGGAUGCUUUGGCCGACUGGCGAGCCUCCAAAAUCUCCCCUGAGGCAGGUCGAUGA